AUGCCCCUUCUUCACAAUGGAAUCUCCAAAAGAUCUAAAAACGAAGAUCAUGUGAAGAAAGUGAACGGAGUGAAAGUGUUGAAUCUCAAACACCUAAGUGAGCUUGUGGAACCUGAGAAUAUAGCGGCGAUAUGUCGGCGGCCGGUGCGACCCUUUGGCCGUUGCACCAAUCACUGCCGGACUCACCACCACACGCCGCCAUGUCGGAGAUUCCUUAGAAACCACCUCCGAACGACCCUCUAUUUCCUCCGAUUACUGCAACACAGUCAACAUACCGUCUCUCCGGAUUUAGACGACGGAGAUACCAUCGGACAAGGCGGCGCGUAUUCUUCACCUUCCUCGAUGGGUUCUUGGUCUAGAGGAUCCCAUUACCACCACGAUCAUCACUACCAUCAUCAUCCAAAAAUUCGGUACCUUCUUCUCUGUAAACUACGUUUGCCGUUUUUCUGCGACGGUGGUGGAUCGACGGUUGUGGUGGGUCAAGGGCUUUGUUCGGGUAGAAACGUGGGUCAUCGGAUCUUGGGUCUUCUCAUGAUUCUCGUCGUUGCUUCACUUUUCUCAGAGUUUCUCUCAUGA